UAGAGCUAGCAGCACCCGGAAUAGUCUUAACUGCCGCCGCGAUGCCGAAGGCGGGGAAGCAGCAGCAGCAGCAGCUACCGGAGCCGGAGUGGAUUGGGGACCGAGAGAACUCCAGCCCUGCUGAUAAGGUUGUCAAGAAAGGAAAGAAGGACAAGAAGACCAAAAAGACGUUCUUUGAAGAAUUGGCUACUGAGGAGAAGCACACUGGGGAGGAGGAAGAGGAAGAGAAGAUAGCCAAAGAAAAAGAACAGCAGCAGCAGCAACAACAGCAGAAAAAAAAGCGAGAAAACCGGAAAGGGCGACGAAAGAAGGAUGUUGAUGAUGAUGACGGGGAAGAGAAGGAACUUAUGGAAAGGCUCAAGAAGCUUUCUGUGCCAGCCAGUGAUGAGGAAGAUGAGGUACCUGUCCCAGUACCCCGUGGUGGAAAGAAAGCUAAGGGUGGUAAUGUGUUCGCUGCCCUGAUACAGGACCAAAGUGAGGAAGAAGAGGAGGAAGAACAGCCAUUAAAACCUGCCAAACCAGAGAAAAAUAGAAUCAAUAAGGCUGUGUCCCAGGAGCAGCAGCCUGAGCAGAAGGUCAGAAAGGGGAAGGAAGAGAAGUCAAAAGGGAAAGUGAAGCCUCAGAAUAAAUUUGCUGCUCUGGAUGAUGAAGAGGAAGAAGAAGAAAUAGCCAAAGAGAAGGAACUUUCCAAACAAGGGAAGGAUAAACUCAAGAAAGUGGAACAGCAGGGCUCAGAGGAGGAAGGAGAAGGGGAUGAAGAAGAAGAGGGUGAGGUCAAAGCAGAUGAUCCCUAUGCUCACCUCAGCAAGAAGGAGAAAAAGAAGCUAAAAAAACAGAUGGAGUAUGAAAGACAAGUAGCUACACUAAAGGCAGCCAAUGCUGCUGAAAAUGAUUUCUCAGUGUCCCAGGCUGAAGUGUCUUCCCGCCAGGCCAUGUUGGAGAAUGCUUCUGACAUCAAGCUGGAGAAGUUUAGCAUCUCAGCCCAUGGCAAGGAGCUCUUCGUUAAUGCAGACCUGUACAUUGUGGCUGGCCGCCGCUAUGGGCUAGUGGGGCCCAAUGGUAAGGGCAAGACCACGCUGCUCAAACACAUUGCCAAUCGAGCUCUUAGCAUCCCUCCUAAUAUAGAUGUGUUGCUUUGUGAGCAAGAAGUGGUAGCUGAUGAGACCCCAGCUGUCCAGGCUGUGCUUCGUGCUGACACCAAGAGGCUGAAGCUGCUAGAAGAGGAGAAGAGGCUCCAGGGAAGGCUGGAGCAAGGAGAUGAUGCUGCAGCAGAGAAGCUUGAAAAGGUAUAUGAAGAACUUCGAGCUAUGGGAGCUGCUGCAGCAGAGGCCAAAGCCCGGCGAAUCCUUGCUGGUCUGGGCUUUGACCCCGAGAUGCAGAAUCGACCCACACAGAAGUUUUCAGGGGGCUGGCGUAUGCGUGUCUCCCUAGCCAGGGCACUUUUCAUGGAGCCUACACUACUGAUGUUAGAUGAGCCUACCAACCACCUGGACCUCAAUGCUGUCAUUUGGCUCAACAAUUAUCUUCAGGGCUGGCGGAAGACACUGCUCAUUGUAUCCCAUGACCAGGGUUUCCUGGAUGACGUUUGUACUGAUAUUAUCCACCUGGAUGCCCAGAGGCUCCAUUACUAUAGGGGCAACUAUAUGACAUUCAAAAAGAUGUACCAGCAGAAGCAGAAAGAGCUUUUGAAGCAAUAUGAGAAGCAGGAAAAGAAGCUGAAAGAGCUUAAGGCUGGGGGCAAGUCCACCAAGCAGGCGGAGAAGCAAACCAAGGAGGCCCUGACUAGGAAGCAGCAGAAAUGCCGGCGGAAGAACCAGGAUGAAGAGGCACAAGAGGCACCUGAGCUUUUAAAGCGACCAAAAGAAUAUAUUGUGCGAUUCACUUUCCCUGAUCCUCCACCACUGAGCCCCCCUGUGCUAGGACUGCAUGGUGUAACAUUUGGCUAUGAGGGACAGAAGCCACUCUUCAAGAAUCUGGACUUUGGAAUUGACAUGGACUCAAGGAUAUGCAUUGUAGGCCCUAAUGGUGUGGGGAAGAGUACGCUGCUGCUUCUGCUCACAGGAAAGCUGACUCCAACUCAAGGGGAGAUGAGGAAGAACCAUCGUCUGAAAAUUGGCUUCUUCAACCAGCAAUAUGCAGAGCAGCUGCGCAUGGAAGAGACAGCCACUGAGUACCUUCAGCGGGGCUUCAACUUGCCUUACCAGGAUGCCCGAAAGUGUCUGGGCCGAUUUGGCCUGGAGAGCCAUGCCCAUACCAUCCAGAUCUGCAAACUCUCAGGUGGACAGAAAGCUCGAGUAGUGUUUGCUGAGCUGGCCUGUCGUGAACCAGAUGUCCUCAUACUGGAUGAACCAACCAACAACUUGGACAUAGAGUCUAUUGACGCUUUGGGAGAAGCUAUCAAUGAAUACAAGGGUGCUGUAAUUGUCGUCAGUCAUGAUGCUCGGCUAAUCACAGAAACCAACUGCCAGCUUUGGGUGGUAGAAGAGCAGAGCGUCAGCCAGAUUGAUGGAGACUUCGAGGACUAUAAGAGGGAGGUGCUGGAGGCCCUGGGUGAGGUCAUGGUCAAUCGACCUCGAGAGUGAGGCUUUCCUCCUGCACACCAUUCUAAUUAGCCUAUGUGGCCUGGAGGCCCCUUCUCUCUCCCCCCCUCACCCCCCCAUCACCACCAUUACCACAACUUGCACAAAAGGGCUCAUCAUCAACCAGUGCAAGACCACUGAGACAUCUGCAGGUGGGGCUUUGCCUGGUGUGCCAAGAAGACCAUCACUGACACACAGAUCAGAUGGAAAUACUGGGCUUUGGCUUUGAUAUCUUGCAGUGUAGGUGGAGAAACUAUGGAUACCACAAUGAAUGCAUCAUUGAACAUUGACAAUAUAGAUAGUGGUUUAUCUGAUAGAUCCUCCGAUUUGAAUAAGCUUUGUACCACCACUUCACCUGCUGCCUAGGUUACCCAUCCAAUGCAGUACAGGGGUUGUGCAGCGGAGCUUGAGCAGUUCUUCUCUGACUGGUCUCUGAUGCUCUGCCCCUUCCAGUCACACCAGGAUUUGGUCUAGUUGAUAUUCACAGUUUAUAGGGACCCGAGUUAUAGGCACAGAGCUUUGGGUCCCCCUGUCAGCACUACUUUUGAGGAGCAAUCCUGUUUUAUUCUUUUGGCCUGAUUGGCACUGAGAGGCCCUGGGAACCUGACAGGAAUCUCCAGCUGCAUUCCAGUGGGGAUCAUGGUCUUUAGAGGGGAUGGAGCCUGUUUGCUGCUGGUGUCCACGUUCUCUUUGUAUUUGUGGAUUGGGGGGCAGGGAAGGGAUGCUGCUAAACUUUGUCCCUCUGUGUGCCAGGGGAGGGAAUAAAAGAGUGAAUUGCCA